CCGGUUUGUGGGAAGGGAGCGGGGCGGGCCUAGCCGGAGGGCGAGGACUCGGCCCGGAUGGGGAAACGAGGCGACUGGAGGCGGUGCGGAUCCGGGCGGAGCUCCCAGGCCCACAGGGGCUCUGGCCGGGCCCACCUCGGGGCCUAGGCAGUGUCAUCUUUUUUACUUCGUCUGUUCUCCGAACUCGCGAUUUUCCUUCUGGAGCCAUGUCUGAAGGGGUGGACUUGAUUGAUAUAUACGCUGACGAGGAAUUUAAUCAGGACCCAGAGUUCAACAAUACAGAUCAGAUUGACCUGUAUGAUGAUGUGCUGACAGCCACCUCUCAGCCCUCAGAUGACAGAAGCAGCAGCACAGAGCCACCACCUCCUGUUCGUCAGGAGCCAUCUCCCAAGCCCAACAACAAGACCCCUGCAAUUCUGUAUACCUAUAGUGGCCUGCGUAAUAGACGAGCUGCUGUCUAUGUAGGCAGCUUUUCCUGGUGGACCACAGACCAGCAGCUGAUCCAGGUUAUUCGCUCUAUAGGAGUCUAUGAUGUGGUGGAAUUGAAAUUUGCAGAGAAUCGAGCAAAUGGCCAGUCUAAAGGGUAUGCUGAAGUGGUGGUAGCCUCUGAAAAUUCUGUCCACAAAUUGUUGGAACUUCUGCCAGGAAAAGUUCUUAAUGGAGAAAAAGUGGACGUGAGGCCAGCCACCCGGCAGAACCUAUCACAGUUUGAGGCACAGGCUCGGAAACGUGAGUGCGUCCGAGUUCCAAGAGGGGGAAUACCUCCACGGGCUCACUCCCGAGAUUCUAGUGAUUCUGCUGAUGGACGCGCUACACCCUCUGAGAACCUUGUACCCUCAUCUACCCGUGUGGAUAAGCCUCCCAGUGUGCUGCCCUACUUCAAUCGCCCUCCUUCAGCCCUCCCCCUGAUGGGUCUGCCCCCACCCCCAAUUCCGCCCCCACCACCUCUGUCCUCAAGCUUCGGGGUCCCACCUCCUCCUCCUGGUAUCCACUACCAGCAUCUCAUGCCCCCUCCUCCUCGAUUACCUCCUCAUCUGGCUGUUCCUCCCCCUGGGGCCAUCCCACCUGCCCUUCACCUCAAUCCAGCCUUCUUCCCCCCACCAAAUGCUACAGUGGGGCCUCCACCAGAUACUUACAUGAAGGCCUCUGCACCCUAUAACCACCAUGGCAGUCGAGAUUCGGGCCCUCCGCCCUCCACGGUGAGUGAAGCUGAAUUUGAAGAGAUCAUGAAGCGAAACAGAGCAAUUUCCAGCAGUGCUAUUUCCAAAGCGGUAUCUGGAGCCAGUGCAGGGGAUUACAGUGACGCGAUUGAGACACUGCUCACAGCCAUUGCUGUUAUCAAACAGUCCAGGGUCGCCAAUGAUGAGCGUUGCCGUGUCCUCAUCUCCUCCCUUAAGGACUGUCUUCAUGGCAUCGAAGCUAAGUCCUACAGUGUGGGUGCCAGUGGGAGCUCUUCCAGGAAAAGACAUCGAUCCCGGGAGAGGUCACCUAGCCGGUCCCGGGAGAGCAGCAGGAGACACCGGGACCUGCUUCAUAAUGAAGAUCGGCAUGAUGAUUAUUUCCAAGAAAGGAACCGGGAGCACGAGAGACACCGGGAUAGAGAACGGGACCGGCACCACUGAGGAAGGAGUCUGGUUGGAAGCAAAUUUUUUUUAAUGGACUUGCAUCUCCUCACCUUGAUCAGGACUAAAGGACGGAGGCCGCUCCACCCCUUCCCCUUCCUGUAAACCCCUAACUCCCUCCAGACACCCAGGGAAUACCCUCUGCCCCACAGGAUUGAAGAUUGCUUGGCAGCCCUCCCAAUCCUAUACCUCCUGUUUGCCAGGGGAAAGAACCUAAAGACUUUAUGUGGUUGGGAGGGGUGGCAGACAGGGAAAAAACACCAUGUCCAGGCCCCUGGUCUCCAAAGAGAAUGGUGCUUUGUCAAAGGAAACAUAUGAGUUUCUGAUUCUCCAGGAGCAAUUUGGUGGUGAGGUCGAUGGGAAGACUUUUUUCCCAAAGAAAAUGGAUCCUCAGUGUGGGGUCUAGGAGACUGACUGGGUGUGCCAAAAUAUGCCUCGGGUCCUGCUCUCGGCACUAGAUUUGAUGGGGCCAAGAGUGUCCAAACUCCUUGCUAAUGCACCACUUCUCUGUUUAACUCUUCUUUACCCUCCCAGCCCUUUGAGGAGGUUAUCUGAAAACAGAAGUCAUCUUAGGGAAAGCUUCCUCUGUUCUUGCUUUUCCCUCUCGCAUAUUGACGGUUUAUUUCCCUGACCUCCCAGAGGACUUAAUCCUUUCAACUCCCUGCUGCCUAGCCUCCUCAGUGGAUUUGCUCCCCUUCUAAGCAGAGAAGGCCAGAAGGCCCGAGAGGUUGCUUUCUGCUGGGGAACCUGGCAGAGCCAAUUACCACCCUCUGCUGCUCAGUGCUUGGUUGCCUGUACAGUAACCAGCUCUGCUAGGUGUUCUCUUUCCCAGAGGAUUUUCCAUUUCAUACAUGGAGCCCUUCCCCCACAAAGGCUGCUUCCUUGUUUUAGAGGAAGGUACUGCCACUGGGAUAUUGGGAUGCUGGGACCUCAGCAAUGAAGAACCCUUGUGAUGUACCAGGAAUGGGGAAGGAGGGGAAUUGGGCUGGAUAUUGCCUACUUCUGUAGGCUUUUCUUUUCCAGGUUUGAUGUAAGCAUGGGCUUGCAUUCCUGAGGUACAUGCCUUUACCUACUGUGGGACAACCUGGCACUAGUAGGCAGGUUAAGUCACAAAUCUGGUGUCUUUCCACCUUUUGACUGUUGACUUAAUAGCUCCUCUCGCUCUGCCUAGAGGUACUUCCUGCCUCUGAUAAGGAGUAAGAAAGAAAUAGAGCCUAACUUGAAUGAACUCAGUUCUGAGUUCUAAGGACCACCAUUCAGGGGGCCACUUUCUACAUAGGAAACGAAAUUGCUUCUCCCAGAACAUCCAAAUUGUGAUGUGGUUGCUGCUGAAGAAGGCGGCAGCAACGAGGUCCUGCAGUACCCAUGGGGUGAUGCCACUUCUGCAUGCAUCUACUGGGCAUAUGACAUCUAAGAUGAGAAGAGACGUGGCAUGUGAGACCAGACAUGGCAUAUGAGACACAGGGUCACUGGAGACACUUCUAGCUCAGAGGAGACACCGAAUUUGAACCCUUCCUCUGUUCCCAGCACAUUUCUGACAUAGUCCUCAGUCAGUCACUGCGGGAGUACCCCCACGGUUGAAGAGGCACAUUCCCUUGGGAUAGAGGCUACAGGAGUAGCUUUUUCCCCAUUCCCCAGCCCCAUCCCCACUUCAAAACAUGACACCCUGCCCAACCGGCCAAGUGUUAAGUGAUGUGCUUAUCCUCGAGCAGCUCCGGGUGUCUUUUUAAAAUGUAGAGAAAACCACAUAAGGUGACAGUUUAAGGAAAAUAUAUAUAGAAUACCAGGAAAGCCGUUUACCUGGAGAAUUUUUUUCUCCCCAUUUUUUUUGUUUUGUUUUUACUCAAUGACACAAUUUUUAGUUUUAUUUCCUAAUAGCAAAAGGGAAAAAGAAAAAAAGAAAAAAAAAAACACCCAACCCUCAAAAGGCCAAGGCCCCGUCCCCCUGUUGUCGGUGAUUUGUUUGUCUUUCUGAUAGGUUGAAAAUUGUGUAAUAAACUUGAUGACGCUGUCAAUCUUUUAUACUGCAUUGUAUUUUUUUCCUUUUGUAACAAAAUAUUUUUAAAUAAUAAAUGGGGUGUGAGCUGUU